AUAAAUUCAUGUUUCUUAUAAAUUUCAGUCAUCCCACUUUUCCCUUGCUAUGAUAUUAUUGUUAUUCGACGCACAGAAAAUCAUCAGGUCUUACAAUUGAUAAUCUAGCGAUCGAAUUCGAAACCCUUAAAUUUGGAUCAAAGUAUCCCCGAGAAAAGAAGAGAAGGAAGAGAGGAUGAGAAGAAAGCCUGGAAUUGGAGGCUUGCAAAAUGCUGCUGCUGCGAGGAAUCAAUUUCGUCUGGUGGGUGAAAAUGUGGCCAAGAUUAAAACCGAUAUGAUGAAAGGGCAACUUGCGACGUUCCGAUCGCAGCUUGAGGAGUUCGCUCGCAAGCACAAAAAUGACAUCCGCAAGAACCCUGCAUUCAGAUCGCAAUUUCAUGAGAUGUGUGCUAAAGUUGGAGUAGAUCCCUUAGCUUCAAAUAAAGGUUUCUGGGCAGAGCUGCUAGGAAUUGGUGACUUCUAUUAUGAACUUGGAGUUCAAAUAGUGGAUAUUUGUUUGGGCGCUAGAGCCCACAAUGGAGGACUGAUCAACCUGCAAGAACUCUGUCACUUACUUCGUCAGCAACAAAAAAGUGACCGUGGAGCUGUUUCUGAAGAUGAUUGUCUGCGUGCUAUCAGUAAGCUGAAGGUGCUGGGUAGUGGUUUUGAAGUUAUUUCUGUCGGGAAGAAAAAACUUGUUCGUUCAGUUCCAACUGAGCUAAACAAGGACCACAAUGAAAUUCUAGAACUUGCUCAGGCUCAAGGGUUUGUGACUGUUGAGGAAGUGGAGAGACGGCUAUCUUGGACUUCAGGUCGCACUAUUGAUGCUCUUGAGACCUUACUUGAAACGUCGUCACGUCAACGACCAUGUCGCCCAUAGCGAAGGCCGGAGUCAUAGUGACUGUGGCAACGUUGGCGUUGUUGAUGCCAGUGCCGUUGACUAUCAUAUUGUUGGGGGCGUUCGACAUGGCGAAGACUCGCAGACGAGCUUCUCGUCAUGAAGAAGAACAUGGACCUUCUUGCGAAUUGAGUUGUACAUGAGAAGAAAAUCACUUUUGGCGCGGGCAGGGGUUUUGCCGUAGCGUCAUCGGAAGGUCUUGCCACAACCUCAAAUCGAAGAAGCAGCAGCUCCCAUGUGCUCAUCAAACAUCACCCAUUUCGAUUGAUCCUCACAUAUCCUCUCAAGUUAUAGUGGGUCAAGGGAUGAAGCCUACCAUGGGAAUAAUCUCUUGCAGAGAUUCUGAUCGUCUGGGAGUAGUGUCCUUAGAACGUAGAAGGAAAUCGUAUGCCAACGUUUGAUCUUGUCAUCUAGGAAAUUCAACGGCACCUUGUCGAUCUGGUCGAGGUUCAGCUUCUGUAUCCGAAUUCUCGAUAGUUUAUCGUUCAAUAACUGUCUUCGCCAACCGGUGAAGACGUGACAGCACUCGAUCGCAAACCCAGCAGCCACAUUGUUCUUCAGUUUAUCUUCAAUGUUGGCGAUGGAAAUUGAACUCUCUUCUCAAUGAUGUAAUAGGCAUUCUCACUGUUAUUAUCAGCUCCCACUUCAGCUUCAUUAUCCAAGGACUACAUGAUCAUUGAUACUAACAGUACUCUCAGAAUAUAGUUGGGAUUGAAGCUGAGAAUCGAUAUAAGAACGAAGAAGCACGAGCACGUAAAAGAUGGGCAUUGUAAUAAAGGCGAACGAUAGAUUCUUCAUCAUGACCAAAAAUAUGACUAAACCCAUAAUAAAGCUGAACAGAUCAGCUUCAA